AUGACUUAUAUUCGCAACAAGUUAAGGAUUGCCUUCCAACGAUUAUCGCUUUCAUGGAAAACUAGAUACAUUGAAGGUGAUGCAUUCGGAUUGAACUUAGUAGAAUUUUUUCCAGACUCUCGCAUUAUGGCAGCAUUACGAGUGUGGUUGGAUAAGCCCAUACAGAUAACUGUAAUAUUCUCUUGCAACUCUGAAAAGAUUUGUCAGCUGUCUUCAUCUAUUCAAUCAAUUAUUCUCUAUGAUUUUCUGAUUGAACACCUCGAUGAAGACGCUCGCCUCCUCUUUUUGUCUUCCCGUUUGCCACUUGACAUGGCCAAGUAUGCAGCGAGAAACACAUCGGGCUUCGUUAUUGCGGAACUCAUCAACCUAAUAAAGGACACACACUUUCGAAUGACAACGCAGAACGCUGAGCAUUUACAGCUCUGCCAUGUAGAAUGGGCAAUUGACAAGCGGAAUUCAAGUUUUGCGGACGCUAUUGGAGCUCCGAAGAUUCCCACCGUGUCCUGGGCUGAUGUCGGAGGCCUCGACGAAACUAAACGCACUGUGAUCGAAAGCAUCGAAUCAAACCUGCACGGAACCGGA